AUGUGGAAACCGACACGGUUAUUCACACUGAGUUGCAACCUGCGAGUGCUCAAACAUACCCGACACCUGUGCCAAUCCCGCACAUUGACACAAAGCAUGGAGGGCACCAAGGAUCAGCCCGAUUAUUCGGCCUGGACCAACGAAAGCCUGAUUGCUCGCAUCACAGACCUCGAGCGCCAGCUUCACUCCCGCACAACGGAGUUCACAGCGCCGACCGAAAACCCUGCUCAACAGGCAGACUCCCAUGCGCCGAUUCCCUCGGAUGGCUACGAGCCCGCGAUUCCCCUCCAUGAAUCUGCGCAAAAUACCAAGAAGCGUCCCCACUCGCCCCCCGAAGGAGACAUUACCAAAGUCCCAGCGCCUUCGCGGACAUUGAAGACGAACACCCCGCCAAAUGUCGAACGCGCGUUUGACCCCUCCAAAUACGAGACUCGCUACAUUGCGCUGAAGUUUGCAUACUUGGGCCAGCCAUACAAUGGACUCGAACACACCAAUGGUAACAUGACUCCUCUACCUACGGUCGAAGAGAUCAUUUGGAAGGCCUUGCGCCGUACGCGCCUCAUCUUCCCCCAAACCACCUCCGACCUGGAGCCGACCGAGCGCGAGCGCGUUCCCAUGCGUCCUUACCAUCUCUACUGGGACGGAGUGGAAUAUUCCAAGGCAGGCCGUACAGAUAAGGGAGUGAGUGCCUUCGGGCAGGUCAUUGGGUUGAGAGUACGCAGCCAGAGGCCCAAACCCAAGCCUCCCGUUGAAGGCGAAGAGGAUGCCAUGCAGGUUGACUCGACUACUGAAAAGGAAUGGGACGAUGUAGCCGACGAGAUCAGCUACCCAGCUGUCUUGAACAGAGUGCUUCCGGAGGAUAUUCGAGUUCUAGCUUGGUGUCCCAACCCCCCGCCUGGAUUCGACGCCCGCUUCUCCUGCCGUGAGCGCCGAUACAGGUACUUCUUCACCAACCCUGCUUUUUCACCAACCCCUGGGUCUAUUGGGUUCGAGAACCGUGCACAGAAUGGAAAUGGACCACGCUCCAAAUUCCGGGAAGGCUGGUUGGACAUCGAGGCCAUGCGUGAGGCAGCUAAGCAUUUCGAGGGUGUUCAUGAUUUCCGAAACUUCUGCAAGCUGGACGUCAAGAAACAAAUUGAAAACUUCGAGCGCAUCAUCCACCAUUCUGACAUCGAGGCUGUCAACCCCAAGACCAGCCCGUUGGGAUAUGUUGGAAAACCUGGCUUCCAGGCUAAGGAGGAUGCUAUCCCUGAACAGGACCAGGUAACUCCGGACACUGUGUCUCAGAAUGUUCCUCAGGUGUACUCUUUCAACCUUCAUGGAUCCGCAUUUUUGUGGCAUCAGGUGCGCCACAUGGUUUCGAUUCUGUUCUUGGUCGGACAAGGACUCGAGUCUCCAUCAAUUGUCGCCGAACUAUUGGAUCCCGCAAAGAACCCACGCAAGCCAACUUACUUCAUGGCCGAUGAUGCUCCCCUUGUUCUCGAGGACUGUAUCUUCCCUGACAUCGCUUCCGGUAGCCGCAAGGAUGCCUUGAAUUGGGUCUAUGCGGGCGACGAUGUUGGCAACCCGAAGGCCAGUGCCAAAGGCGAUGCCAAAUUCGGCCUGCAAGGCACGGUUGAAACAUUGUGGAAAGUCUGGAGACAGCGUAAGAUGGAUGAGAUCCUCGCUGGUGCUUUGGUGGACUUGGUAAUCAGCCAGGGAAACCAGAACGUCGAAAGGAAGGAGGCUAAAACAAAGGGCUCUUCAACCAAGAGGGCGAACAGAGGAGCAAAGACUUGGUAUGGCGGCAACGACUGCGUUGUUGGUGGCAAGUAUCUCCCUGUGGAUAAAAAGGCCAAGAUGGAGACCGUUGAAGUUCAAAACGCCAAAGGUCUCAAGGCGAAGCAGCGCAAGCUGGAAAGAGAUGAGGCCGCGAAAGCAACACAAGCAUAA